AUGGAAUAUAACAUAAAUUCACCUCCUAUUUAUCUUCUAAGUCAUACCACAGUUAUAUGGAUGAUGAUGCUAAUAGUCACUCAGUUGCUGACCUACCACCUACAAUGGAAGCUGAAGACCUUGGUGAAAAAAUAUGCUGUAUUGGUGCGGGAAGGAUGGGUAUUCUUAGCAUGAUGGAUCUUGCUACUCAAUGGAAAGAUCUACAAUUUUAUGUCUUAGAUACAAAUGUGGAGAAAAUUAAUAAGCUUAAUAGUGUUCCAAGGGUCAUGCCAUUCUCUGGACCAGGGAUGGAAGUUAUGAUUAAUGAAUGUCAAAAUCUAUUUAGUGAUGGGUAAGAUUUCUAAUGCUUAUGGAACUAUUAAAGACCUCUUUAGUGAUUUGUAUGUGAGAUUAGUCAGUAAUGGCUAUGGUACUUCAAUUCUACAUCUUCAGUGGAGAUUGGAAAAUUACUGUCAAAUGCGUCAAUUGCUGCACAGUUGACAGUCAUGAAUAUUGGGUCGUCUAUUUGUGAUAAAGUUGGAGCAAAUUUUAGUGGUAUUAAAAGCACUAUUGAAGGCCAUCCAAGAAUGAAUAAUCCUUUUUUUCAUGACUCAAGGCCGUGUUAUGGUGGAUUAGGUUUAACCAAGGAUGUGGCAUAUCUAGCAUACUUGUGUGAUUGUGUUGGACUAGUUCAUGAGAAUUUUUUUUUUGCCAUAUUAAGCGAACUGAAAGCAGCAAAAAUAGAUGAAUUGGUGCGCAAUAUCUCACAUAGCAUUGGAUUUGGGAAUUAAGACAAUUACCAUAUAUGGUUUUUCAAUUAAAGUAAACACUAAAGAUGUUA